AUGGCGGACAAGUACAUCCUGCGCAUCACCGCUGGUAGCGACUACGACGCCUCGCAGCAUGUCCCCGUCCCCGUGAACGAGCCCGCGACAGUGCAUAUUCGCGGCGCCCACGCCUCUGUCGAGCUCAACGUGCGCAUCCGCGACUACGCCGGCCUGCCCCUGAACUCGCCUUCAACGUCGGCCUAUUUCGACACGGAGCCGCACGCAACCAACAAGGACCAGUACAGCAUCGCCUUUCGCUUCACCCCGCUCGCGCCCACCACCACCACCACCACCACCACAUCUUCACCAGAGAAGAAGAAGAAGGACAACAACAACAAGGGCAUCAGUGGUAGCGAUCUCUACUUUGGCAACGACUUUGACCGGCCGAUCCGCGACAGGCUGCCGCCCGGUUUCAACACGGCGCUGCGCAUCGUCAAGUGGUGGAUCGACCCGGGCCUCGACGGCGAUGCGUACGCCGACAAGCCGCAUCUGUACGGGCCGGCGCUCAGCUCUUUCAAUGUGUUGGAGCUCGGCGCGGGCCAGCACGACGAGGCUAGGGGCGGACUGUGGUUUGAGGAGCGCGGCGAGGAGGCGACGACGCGCAAGGAGUUGGGCUUGCCGGACAAGGGCAAGGCGCGCAUGAAGUGGGCGCUGACAGACGCCAACAAGGGCAAAUUUGUGUUUGAGUAUGGAAAGACGUACGGGUUCGAUUUUUUUAAUCCGUAUUUGGACUUUGCCAACCUGGCGCUGCGGCUGCCGGGAUUUCAGCUGAGCAUUGCCAACUACUGGGACGGUCAAGCAUUACGAUACGUGCUGCGGAACAAAACGACCGGCGACGUCUACCUCGUAAUCGUCUUUAGCCUAUUUCUACGAGAGGAUAUCAACGAGGACGGCACGCUCAAGGAAGGCGCGCAGCAACACACCGCGGGCGGUGACGCGACGGACAAGACGCGGGACGACAACGAGCAUGAUCACGAUCAGGAGGUGGCCUUGAAGCAGGCGCGCGAGACAUUGGGCGUGCCGCACCACGAGACUAGUGCAGAUGAUGUCGACUGA